GAUGUCAGCUCUCGACGAAAAUAGAGAGGGAUCGCCUGCAAAUCCCCCGCUCCGGCGGGGCUAAACCUUGCAAUCCCUCCCCGACCGGCGCGGAGCCAGGGCGCAGCGGCCUCCACCGCCUCCCCCGGCGCGCGCACACACCCACACACCCGCGCACGCACGCACACACUCCCCUGCACACCCACGGCACACGCACUCGUCGCCCUCCCCUGCCACCGUCCUCCGAGCCCGCGCUCCGCCACUCGCCCCGCGGCGAGCCCCACAGCAAAUACAGGUGGCAGCGGCGGCACGUCGUCCCUGCGCGCACUCCCGCAGCCCGGGGGACGGCGCUCUCUCGAGGAAGCCACCCUCCGAGGUCCCCGCAACGCCCCCCGAGCGCCCAGCCAAGCCCUAGCGAGGCCGGCGGAGGGAGCGCGGUGCCGAGCGGAGACGCGGCUUAGCUCCGGCUGGAGCCUCUUGCGCCCGCUGAGGCGCUAAAGGGCUUACCCAGGAGGGGGGUGGAAGGGCGGGGAGAGGCUCCCCCUUAAAUACCGCGCUCGGCCACACUCGCGCGCUCACCCCGGCACCCGCUCACUUCUCGCCCGCCGCUGCCGGAUUGUGCCGAAGAGGAGGGGGCGUUCCCCAGGCCAUGGCAUCGACAGAAGGUGCCAACAACAUGCCCAAGCAGGUGGAAGUACGGAUGCACGACAGCCACCUCAGCUCGGAGGAGCUGAAGCCCCGGCAUCUGGGGCUGCGCUUGUGUGACAAGCUGGGGAAGAAUCUCCUGCUCACGCUGACCGUGUUCGGUGUCAUCCUGGGGGCAGUAUGUGGAGGGCUUCUUCGCUUGGCAUCUCCUAUCCACCCUGAUGUGGUUAUGUUAAUAGCCUUCCCAGGGGAUAUACUCAUGAGGAUGCUAAAAAUGCUCAUUCUGCCUCUAAUCAUCUCCAGUUUAAUCACAGGGUUGUCAGGCCUGGAUGCUAAAGCCAGUGGCCGCUUAGGCACGAGAGCUAUGGUAUAUUACAUGUCCACGACCAUCAUCGCUGCAGUGCUGGGGGUCAUCCUGGUCUUGGCUAUCCACCCGGGGAACCCCAAACUCAAGAAGCAGCUGGGGCCUGGGCAGAAGAACGAUGAAGUGUCCAGCCUGGAUGCCUUUCUGGACCUUAUUCGAAAUCUCUUCCCUGAAAACCUUGUCCAAGCCUGUUUUCAGCAGAUUCAAACAGUGACAAAGAAAGUCCUGGUGGCCACUCCAUCAGACGAGGACAGCAAUGCCACCAAUGCUGUCCUCUCGCUGUUGAAUGAGACUGUGACUGAGCCGCCUGAGGAGACGCAGGUGGUUAUCAAGAAGGGCCUGGAGUUCAAGGACGGCAUGAAUGUCUUAGGUCUGAUAGGGUUUUUCAUUGCUUUUGGCAUUGCCAUGGGGAAGAUGGGCGAGCAGGCCAAGCUGAUGGUGGAAUUCUUCAACAUUUUGAAUGAGAUUGUAAUGAAGCUAGUGAUCAUGAUCAUGUGGUACUCUCCCCUAGGUAUCGCCUGCUUAAUUUGUGGGAAGAUCAUUGCCAUCAAGGACUUAGAGGUGGUUGCUAGACAACUGGGGAUGUACAUGAUCACGGUGAUUGUCGGCCUCAUCAUCCAUGGGGGCAUCUUUCUCCCCUUGAUUUACUUUCUAGUGACCAGGAAAAACCCUUUCUCUUUUUUUGCUGGAAUUUUCCAAGCUUGGAUCACUGCCCUGGGUACCGCUUCCAGUGCCGGAACUUUGCCCGUCACCUUCCGUUGCCUAGAAGAAAAUCUGGGGAUUGAUAAGCGUGUAACCAGAUUUGUCCUACCAGUUGGAGCAACCAUUAACAUGGACGGUACAGCCCUUUAUGAAGCCGUAGCCGCCAUCUUUAUAGCCCAGAUGAAUGGCGUCAUCCUAGAUGGAGGCCAGAUUGUGACCGUAAGCCUCACGGCCACGCUGGCCAGCGUUGGGGCAGCCAGUAUCCCCAGUGCCGGGCUCGUCACCAUGCUCCUCAUUCUGACGGCUGUGGGCUUGCCGACCGAGGACAUCAGCCUGCUGGUGGCUGUGGACUGGCUGCUGGACAGGAUGAGAACAUCUGUCAAUGUUGUGGGAGACUCUUUUGGGGCUGGGAUUGUCUAUCACCUCUCCAAGUCUGAGCUGGACACCAUUGACUCCCAGCACCGAGUGCAUGAAGAUAUUGAAAUGACCAAGACUCAGUCCAUUUAUGAUGACAUGAAGAACCACAGGGAAAACAACUCCAACCAAUGUGUCUAUGCUGCACACAACUCUGUCAUAGUAGAUGAGUGCAAGGUAACUCUGGCAGCCAGCGGAAAGUCAGCCGACUGCAGUGUUGAAGAAGAACCUUGGAAACGUGAAAAAUAAGGAUAUGACUGUCAGCAAAUUCUUGAAUAAACUCCCCAGCGUAUCUUAUGGUAAAAGAGGAUAUAAAAAGUUUUCUU